UUAAGUGCAGUGGAGGACACAAAUGGAGCAUUGAUUCCAGGCAUGCUGGAGGGUCUGAGCUGUUUCCUGCAGCACUGAACCUUUUAAGAGUUUUCAUUGUUUCCCACAAAGUAUUAAAAUGCGAGUGUCUGCCAUUCAGGAUCUCAGGGAGGAUGAAAAUGAGGAUUGGGAAGAAGAAGAAGAAAAGAUCUUCCUCAAGCCUGUUAUUGAGGACAGAAAUAUGGAACUGGCCCGAAAAUGCAGUGAAUUAAUAAGUGAUAUACACUAUAAAGAAGAGUUUAAAAAAUCUAAAGGCAAGUGCAUAUUUGUACCUGACACCCCGCAGCUAAAACAUGUGAAAAGCCUUGGUGCUUUUAUUUCUGAGGUGAAAUAUAAAGGAGCUGCUAAGAAAGACCUUUCCAACUCUCUCUAUCAGCAGAUGCCAGCUACAAUUGACAGUGUAUUUGCGAAAGAAUUAAUGCACCUUCAGAGCAAGGUUCUCUAUAAACAAAAACAUGAUGCUGAGAAAGGAUUUUCAGACUAUGCACGUAUGAGGGAACCUCCAGAUGUUAAACAUGCCAUGGAAGUCAGUAAACACCAGAGUGAUGUAUCCUAUAAGAAGGAUGUGCAAGAUACUCAUAGGUACACCGAAGUGCUGAACAGACCAGACAUAAAAAAGGCAACUGAGAUAACAAAGAUAAUAAGUGAUGCAAAGUACAAGAAAGGAAGGGGAGAGCUAAAUAAGGAGUCUGCUGUGCUUGGAAGACCUGAUUUUGAACAUGCUAAAGGAGUUUCAAAACUUUUAAGCCAAGUGAAAUACAAAGAGAAGUUCAGUAAGGAAAUGAAGAGUCACCAGUACAAUCCUCUUGACAGUGCUUCCUUCAAGCAAGCACAGGUUGCAUCCACCUUGGCAAGUGAUGUGAACUACAAGAAGGAUUUGGAAAGCCUACAUGAUCCAGCAUCUGAUCUACCAAACCUGCUGCAUUUAAACCAUGCUUUAAAUAUCAGCAAAACACAGAGUGAUGUCAAGUACAAAGAAAAUUAUGAAAAAUCUAAAGGCAGAUCAAUGCUGGAGUUUGUGGAUACACCAAUGUAUCAAGUUUCAAAGGAGGCUCAAAAGAUGCAAAGUGAGAAAAUGUACCGCAGAGAUUUUGAAGAAGGGAUCAAGGGAAGACCUUCGUUGGAUUUAGACAAGACCCCAGAGUUCUUGCAUAUAAAACAAGUCACUAAUCUUCUGAAAGAGAAAGAGUAUCGAAAAGAUUUGGAAGAAGGAAUGAAAGGAAAAGGAAUGACAGUGUUUGAAGAUACACCAGAUUUGAUUAGAGUGAAAAAUGCAGCUCAGAUACUAAAUGAGAGGCAAUACAAGAAAGACUUGGAAACUGAAAUUAAAGGGAAAGGCAUGGAAGUUGGUCCAGAUACACCUGAGAUAAGACGAGCCAAGAAAGCUUCUGAAAUUGCAAGCAUGAAAGAAUACAAGAAAGACUUGGAGAAUGAAAUUAAAGGAAAGGGAAUGGAAGUGGGUACGGAUACCCUUGAUAUACAACGAGCCAAAAAAGCUUCUGAAAUUGUCAGCCAGAAAAUGUACAAAGAUGAAGCAGAGAAGAUGCUCUGUAACUAUUCUGCUGUCCCAGACACUCCUGAGAUGGAGAGGAUAAGAAGUACUCAGAAAAACAUCAGUUCAGUGUUUUAUAAGAAGGAAGUAGGAGCUGGCACAGCUGUAAAAGAUACUCCAGAGAUUGAAAGAGUAAAGAAAAAUCAACAGAAUAUUAGUUCGAUUAAAUACAAGGAAGAAAUUCGGCGUGCAACAACUAUUUCUGAUCCACCUGAACUAAGGAGAGUUAAGGAAAACCAGAAGAAUAUUAGCAAUGUUCAGUACAAAGAACAGCUCUGCAAAGCUACACCUGUGAGUGUCACCCCUGAGAUGGAAAGAGUCAAGAGGAAUCAAGAGAAUGUCAGCAUGGUUCACUACAGAGAGCAGCCUGGCAAAGCUACUGCUGUGAGUGUCACUCCUGAGAUAGAGAGAGUCAGGAAGAAUCAAGAUAAUAUCAGCUCGGUCAAGUACAGCAGUGAUCAGAGGCAGAUGAAAGGUAGACGUAGUGUGCUUCUAGACACACCUGAGCUAAGGCAUGUCAAAGAAACACAAAACAACAUCUCAAUGGUAAAAUAUCAUGAAGAUUUUGAGAAGACAAAGGGCAGAGGCUUCACCCCAGUGGUAGAUGAUCCUAUAACAGAGCGUGUACGAAAAAACACCCAAAUUGUGAGUGAUGCAGCAUACAAAGGUGUGCAUCCACAUAUCGUUGAAAUGGAUAGAAGACCAGGAAUAAUUGUUGAUCUUAAAGUUUGGCGCACAGAUCCUGGCUCCAUCUUCGACAUUGAUCCUCUGGAGGACAAUAUUCAGUCUAGGAGUCUGCAUAUGCUUUCUGAAAGAGCAAGCCGUUACAGUAAGCAGUAUUUGCAUUCUACCAGUCUGGGAGAUUAUAAGUCAGAUGGCUCUGACACGAACCCUACCUUUUCUUACUGCAGUGAGAUAACAAGGCCAUCUGAUGAAGGAGCUCCUGUUCUCCCUGGGGCAUAUCAACAAAGCCAGACUCAAGGAUAUGGAUACAUGCACCAGACCAGUAUGUCAUCCAUGAGGUCCAUGCAUUCACAGCCUCAUUCAGCAAGUCUGAGAACAUACAGAGCUAUGUAUGACUACAGCGCUCAAGAUGAAGAUGAAGUUUCCUUCAGGGAUGGUGAUUAUAUCAUCAAUGUGCAACCAAUUGAUGAUGGCUGGAUGUAUGGUACUGUUCAGAGAACUGGGAAAACAGGAAUGCUUCCAGCAAAUUAUAUUGAGUUUGUUAACUAAUUUUUGUCUCUUGUCCUUGGAGCUUUAUUAUGAUUUACUUAAAAUCUAACCUUUUAGAAAAAAAUCACAAUAAUCUUUUAAGAGUUCAUGAUCAUUACUUUAUCACUGCUAUAACAGUUUGCAUUUUCACUCAGAAUCCAUUUUAGAGUCCUUUAAAGAGAAAAUAAAUAAUCCACAAGAAGCUCAGAGCUUUGAAAACAGCAUUGCUUAUAAUAGUGCUCUUUCAAAAUGAAAAACAUACAUGGAAGCCUGGUGCUGCCAGUCCUAUAAAAACUUUGGUCAAUUAACUGUAAAGGCGUAAUGCCUUUUCCUUACACCUCAAAGAUCAUAAAAUUGAUUCACUUCUUAUGGCACUCUGAAGUCACAGGAGGUUAACACACAGAGUUUGAACACAUCUUCAAAUUAUUAGGGAAAUGUUUAAUGUUUAAGCAGUUAGCUUCCUAAUAAAAAUUAAUAUGUUGAGUAGAUAAUUCAGUCAUUUGACAUAAAGAAAAGUAACAUGCCAGUAAAAAAAACACCAACCCAGUAAAACCCCCUACUACCCAGCAGCCUUACAGUAAAUGUCUAUUUUGGCAGAAAAAAUUUCCUUACUCUUGCAUAUCCACAUUUAUUAUUGGAUUACACAUUUUUUCUUAUUUCCAAGCGAUCUAUUAGCUUUGCUUCCAUCCUAAUCCAUCAGUUAGAUCCAGGUCUGGAUUCAUGGUUCUUCAGUAUCUUUUCUGCAGAAGAUCCCUUGCUAAGACUUAUCUAAAAUACAAAACCUGUCAGCUCUUCUGUUUCCUUGUAAUAAUAUUUAACAUUCAAAUAGAAACUUCCAUUAGGGCAACGUACAACCAGUACUUCAUGUUAGCUCCUUCACCUGUAGUGCUGUAAAUACAGAGCCCACGUGCGGCCGCGGUGCUGUGCAGUCCCCCAGAGCCUGCAGUCACAUCCCGUUCUCACCACAGGUAACUCGCUUAAUGGCUGCUUUGCUGAUGAGCUGAUGUCCCUCCCCUGCUGCAGAAACACUUGUGGCUCCAUCGAGCAGUGGAGGAGAGCUCUGGUUCUUGUAGUGCAUUUCAGAUCAAUGGCCUGUUGCUUCAGUUUGCUCCCAAAUCCUUGGUGAUCCAACAGUGGGUUGUACGCUUGCCAAAUGAUUAAUGAUGGAGAAGAAUUAUGUUUCCUUUUAGUGACUUAAUCUUUCCAUAACUGACAUCGAAGGGAAAGCUAACUAAGCAAAAUCCAACAUGCCCUAUGCCAUUAUGUUUCAGUUUAGCCGUCUGUGGAAAACAGUAAAAAUAUUCUGCUGACAAACCUUCACAUGUGCUAUUUGGUGUGUCUUCACUUACAGCCAGAAUUGAGAGAUCCAGGUCUGAGUCUGUGAAGCUGGGAGAGGAUCUAACAGCUCGUGACACAGUGGAUCAGUAUGAGGGAUUUUGUCAGCAGGCUUCAGUCAUAUGCAACUUCUUUUUGCUUUGACUGUAUUCCCUCACAGGGAGAAAUUGUGGAAGGAAGGACAAAAGAGUUAAAGAUUCAUGGGAGAAAUUAUUUAUGCGGAUGCAGAAAUGUUUAAGGAAGAAAAUGUUUUUGUGAUAAAAUAAUUUGUGGAGUUCAGCCAUGUGCUAAGGAAAUUAACUUUGCAGUAGCCCUCAGAAUUUUGAGCCUGCACUGGCUUUCUUUCAUUCCUAAAAUUUGUAAAGUAGAAUUACAUAUAGAACUUUUAGACAGUUUUGUACUUCUCAUCUCACAUAUCAGGAAACCCUGAAAUGACUAUUUAAAAAUUAAAUAAGGAAGGCAGUAUGGAUUUCUUAUGUCAACUGAAAGUUGUCAGUGCAAAUCCCUGUAAGUUCUAUUUUUGCAUACAGUUUUUACAUACAAUUUCCAAAGAAUUAGUAAGCUUAUGCAAUUUUAUUUUGGGUCUUGCUAACACAGGGAUGAUACCGGCUGCCAAGCAGAAUGGAGUAACUGCGUUAAAAAAGAAAUUUAAAAAUGUCCGUGACUGUGGAAUUACCUGUGCUUUAUUGUCAGCAGCCUAAUUUCAAGGCUAAAGCUGCCCAGGAGUAUCCACCUUCAAAAAUUUGUUUUAAAAAUAGAAUUCCAUGACUGUGAAUAUGCAAUUUGUAUAGUUGAUUGCUGUGAUUUAAAAUUCUUGCAAGUUUUGCAUAAGGAGCUGCUCUUGCAGCAGACCCUUGUGCAUUACUGGUGACACCCACAUGAAAUCAGCAAGUCACAUGGUGUUUUUAAAGCUGAUGUGCUAUGCUGAGCCAGAAGCUCUAAAACAAGCAGUUUGCUUCUGUGUUGGUUUUCAUCACUGGCCAUCAACAAUGAAGAGAGGAAUUCCAUCUUCUGCUGGCUGGCAAAUUUUUCAGAUGAUGCCUGAGGCACAGCUGGCUGUCACUUGCUGCUGUGCUGCUCUAUUGGCAGUGCAAUGCUGACAACACUAAAAACAAGGUGUCAGUUUGCUAACCAAAUGUGAAUAAAAAAGAAAUACAGAGAAUAUCUGUAUGGCAUCAAGUUGCAAUUUUUGGUGACUUACAAAACAGAGAGUCUCCACCUAUAAAUACACAGUCAUUUUUCCUAAAUGAGGAGACAGCUUACAGUGUUGAAUACUUUAUGUGUAGGAGUAAAUCAGAAAAUGAGCAUUUGGUGACAUUAGAGAACUAUGUUGUGCUGAACAAUAGAAAUAAAAUUUCCUUUUGAAUUUUGAAUAUUCAUUAGCCUGGCAGAGCAGCUGAAGCAAUUUGCAAAAAACAAAAGGUCAAGAAAACAAAACAGUAUGUGAAUUGUAUUUCUCUUGAGAAUGGUAUGUCAGCAGAAUUAUUAAGAUCUGGUUUAAGUUACUUAUUCUUGUAGUCAACAUUUUUAUCAUAUAUGCUUAGAAAUUCAUAUUUAUAUGAAAUGGUUCCUGCUUUUUUGAUAUAAACUGAACUUUAGUGUGGUUUUGCAGCUUUGGUCUAAGCAAUGCAAUCAAAAGCCCAAAAUUAUCAGAAUGCAAUCAUAAUUUUUUUUUUU